AUGGCAUCUUCUGACAAGGUCCUUUACGAGAAAGACAGCGUUUUUAUUCAUACAAAUGUACUUGAAUCAAAAGACAAAGAUGCCUAUAUUCCAGGAAGAAUUUACUUUGUUGAAAAGCCUGAAGGAAUGUUUAUAGAAUGGAAAGUUGAAGAAGUAUCGUCACUUGAUGACCAUGAUUGGGCUGUUGUAGGAAAUGCUGUUGGUUACAAAGCAGACAGAGAUUCAGAAUCUGUUACAAUCAAUGCAAAGACUGAAUCUAGGAAAAAAUAUAAUAUAAGCUUUGACCUUAUAGAUUUGAAGAGUAUUAAAACCAGUGCUAUACACCAUGGCUGGAGUUAUCUGAUCUUUAUUCUUAAAGAUGGAACCACUUAUCCUGCUUUACACUUUCAUUCUGGUGGAACCAAAGAGUUUUUCACAUUGUUAAAUAAUCAUGUGCAUAUUAAAAGGUCACCAAAUGAUAACAGAUUAUAUAUUGUGGAAGAACAUGACCCUGAUAUGUUAUCAAAGUCUUUUGAUGAACUGAACCUUUUCUCUGAUUCUUCUGAACAUUUAGUAUCUAUCCAGGAGGCUUUUUCUGGCAACCUUUCAGUAAGAAGGCACAAACAAAAAUUCCUCAAUGAUCCCUUCACAAGCACUUUAGGUGGCUUCUCAAAAGUGACUAACUUCUUUAAGGAUGUUCUCUUACAACCAGAGUCUAUGAGCACUCGACCUAGAGAAGAGAUGGCAGAGGUUCUAAAUGAAGACAUUGCUGGUAUGGAGAUCAACCAUCAAGAUGAACCUGGAUUUGAACUCAUCACCAAGAAGAAACCAGACAAGCAGGUUGCUGACCCUAAACCACCAAGCCGCCCCAAGUUUAAAAGGACCAAAUUACCCCCACGACCAACAGUAACACGGGGAGAACCCUUACAAGCACACCAAUGGGCUGGAAUGAUGGAUAAAGAUGGAAGAGUUCUCAAUGUUGAAGAAGUGAAAGAAAUCAUAUUUCAUGGUGUAAAAGUAUGGAAAUUCCUCCUUGGUUACUACAAAUGGGAUUCUACACACAAAAGCAGAUCAGAAGAAAGAAAGAAAAAAGUGGAUGAUUACUUCAAAAUGAAACUACAGUGGAAAACGAUUAGCGAAGAACAGGAAAAGCGAUUCACCUUGUUAAGAGACAGCAAAGCUCUUAUAGAAAAAGAUGUUUCCCGAACAGACCGUACCCACAAGUUCUUUGAAGGGGAAGGCAAUCACAAUCUUCAAGUACUCAAUGACAUUCUCAGAACCUAUUGCAUGUUUAACUUUGAUCUCAGUUAUGUCCAAGGAAUGAGUGAUCUGCUCUCUCCAAUUUUGGUUAUUAUGGAAAACGAAGUAGAUGCCUUCUGGUGCUUUGCUGGGUUUAUGGAGAAAGUGAGUUCAAACUUUGAGAUGGACCAGCAGGGUAUGAAGACACAGUUAGCACAGAUGCACACAUUGAUGCAUUUUGUGGAUCCAGAACUUUGUAGCUAUCUUGAGAGCCAUGAUUCUGGAAACUUUUAUUUCUGCUUUAGAUGGCUUCUAAUUGUAUUCAAACGAGAAUUUAGUUUCCCAGAUAUUCAAAGAUUAUGGGAGGUCUUAUGGACUGACAAACCAUGCAAGAAUUAUCAUUUGCUUAUUUGUCUUGCUAUUUUGGACACAGAAAGAGCAACUUUAAUGGAGAACCGGUUUGGUUUUACUGAAAUAUUGAAACACAUCAAUGACAUGUGUUUUACCAUAAACGUGGAUCAAAUGUUGAACAAAGCUGAAGGCAUCUACUUACAACUGAAAAAGAGCAAGAAAAUUCCUCAACCAAUAAAGGAAAUGUUGGAAAUGAACUGCACAUCUUCACCUUCCAGUUCCAGCAGCAGUUCAAGCAACACAACGCCCUCUGGUGCCAUGGCACCACCACUUCCUUCCCAUUUGAGAGAGAAUGGAACUCAUAGUGCACCAAGUUCAGGCAGUGGUACGGGGCGAACCAGUCCUGAUGACAGUAGCAUUGAGAUUUUGCCUGAAAAUUGUGAACCCUCAACAUCAGGACUGCAUAAUUAUUACUUGUGA